UAGUACUACCACCAGCAGACUUCAUCAAACAGCACUGAUGCGAGACAGAUCUCCUGAAACGCUCCAAUAGAAGAAAAGGCUCCGCGCCACAGUAGRAGAGGCCACCAUGUCCUCCGUGGAAGUCAGAAUGGAAGCAAGACCAUCAAACUCUGCGACGCCGCGGGAACUAACUCAAAACCCGCUGAAGAAAAUCUGGAUGCCGUUGCCUUGUAAAAAUGGCCUUCCUGAUAAACGCAUUUGUCAAAGAAUGGUAUGUAUGACCAACUGUCCCACCCUGAUAGUGACGGUGGGCCUCCCAGCCAGAGGAAAGACCUACAUCUCCAAGAAGCUCACCCGCUAUCUCAACUGGAUCGGCGUGCCAACCAAAGAAUUCAAUGUUGGGCAGUACCGUCGUGAGUGUCUGAAGAUCUACAAGUCCUUUGAGUUCUUCCGUCCAGACAAUGAGGAGGGCCUGAAAAUCAGACAGCAGUGUGCGUCAGCAGCACUGAAUGAUGUCAGACAGUACCUCACUGAUGGAGGCCAAGUUGCUGUGUUUGAUGCGACUAACACCACUAGAGAGAGGAGAGAGACAAUCACUGCGUUUGCUGAGCAGAAUGGCUUCAAGGUGUUCUUUGUAGAGUCUGUUUGUGAAGACCCUGAAGUCAUUGCAGAGAACAUUGUGCAAGUGAAGCUGGGCAGCCCUGAUUACACCAACUGCAACACAGAGGAGGCUAUGGAGGACUUCAAGAAGAGGAUCAAGUGUUAUGAGAACUCCUAUGAGACCCUGGAUGAGGUUCUGGACAGGCAUCUGUCCUACAUUAAGAUCAUGGAUGUGGGCCGGAGGUACCUGGUGAACCAGGUCCAGGACCAUAUCCAGAGCAGGAUUGUCUACUACCUCAUGAACAUCCACAUCACGCCACGCUCCAUCUACCUGUGUCGCCAUGGAGAGAGUGACCUCAACGUCAAGGGCUGCAUUGGAGGAGACUCUGGGCUCUCAUCCAGGGGCAAGGAGUUUGCCAAGUAUCUGCACCAGUUCAUCCAGUCUCAGGAGAUCAGUGAUCUGAAGGUGUGGACCAGCCAGAUGAAGAGGACCAUCCAGACAGCUGAGGCUGUGUCUGUACCAUACGAGCAGUGGAAGGCUCUCAACGAGAUAGACGCGGGUGUGUGUGAGGAGAUGAUGUAUGAGGAGAUCCAGCAGCACUACCCUCUGGAGUUUGCAAUGAGGGACCAGGACAAAUACCGCUACCGUUACCCCAAGGGAGAGUCCUAUGAGGACCUGGUGCAGAGGUUGGAGCCGGUCAUCAUGGAGCUGGAGAGGCAGGAGCAUGUCCUGGUCAUCUGUCAUCAGGCUGUCAUGCGCUGCCUGCUGGCCUACUUCCUUGAUAAGACAGCAGAGGAGCUGCCCUACCUGAAGUGCCCACUGCACACCGUGCUGAAGCUCACACCAGUUGCUUAUGGCUGUAAGGUGGAGUCAAUCUACCUAAAUGUGGAUGCAGUGAACACUCACAGAGAACGACCAGAGAACGUCAACAUUCAUCGCACCACAGAAGAUGCCUUGCAGACAGUCCCAGCUCACCUCUGAAAUCAAAGCCAAUCGGGUUGAAGUUGGGCCUCUUCUGUCUCCCAGAUUUGUCACUACAUGUGUCAUUACUUGUGGCCCUAGUGGUACAGUCUGGACAUGAGCUGUUCAACAACCCACUCAACCGAUGCGUUUUUUGUGGGGUGAUGUGUUUUCCACUCCUUCUGCCUCUGAGCACAACCUCAUCUGAUUUUGGUGUCUAUGUUCAGAGCAAUGUGACCUGGAGGAUCCAGAGCCUUUUGGCAUUCUCAAUUUUGCCUGUACUCCUGUCUUUCAUAGGUAUAAUUCUCAGUCUACAGCACAUUCAGUCCAAUUGUUAGAGGUCCGAAUAGAAAUGUGAAUACAAUUAACCUGCUUGCAUUGUAGGGUUUGGGGGUAUGCAUUCACAGAAUUACUCUAUCACCUAUUGCUGCUCCAAUCUCAUGGUUGGAAGAGCCAUAAGUCCUUGGUACUAGUUUGGUUUGUGUGUUAAGGCUUUACGUACAGCUGACAGUCUUGUCUAGGAGAGAAAGGGACUGAAAUGUAUUUUUGUAAAGUAUGAACCCCUCAGUAUCUGUUUCCAUUAUCUUGUCCAGUAAAAAAAAAAUUGGGCGACAUUUAGAAAAUUUGCUUAGAAAAUAGAUUAGACAAUUGCCCGCUGCAUACAGUGUGUUUCCAUUGAACAUUCUWGUGUCGAUUUUAAAAACUGCAGGAUGUAAUAACGUCACACCAACAAAACAAAAAACUAGUAUUGAAUAGAAAUAGUGGUUGAAGUGUUUCUAUUACCCACUUAGGCAAAUUAUACACCCAUGAAUUGGAGACAGCCUGUAUGCCCUCCCACCUAUCGGUUUUAUGUCUCAGGUAGCCCGCAAAAGUCAGCAUUGAUCGAAUGCAAGAAUUUACCUAUAUUUGCCAUAUUCUAAUAAUUAUCAUGUGCCAACAUAUCGCAAGAAAUUUGCUUAAAAACUGCCAAAUUUUCUAUCAGCSUCAUGGCAUAAUGUGAACAACAGCAUGAGAUGAGUUAUAAAACAGUAUUUUUUUGUGCCAUGGCAAAAAGUGUAGAAUUGCGGAGGGGGUGUUAGGGUUAGAAACUUGCACUCCUGUAGAUCUGAAAUAAUUGGAUGGUGAAACUUGAUUUUCUGGAUGCAAGGCAUAGAAAUUCAGCCGCCUUGAAAAGUAAGGAUGAGGAUCCUGCAAAGAAAUAUUUUUAUAGUUGAAAAAUGGAUUUAGAAUUAAAUGUGGAGUGGAACUUCAUAGUUGUGUUGACAUCAAGUGCCCUGCGUACUUUUAAACUAUUCGGUAAUCAUAAUUUAUCCCAAAAACACUUUCCACCAUUUGUCGCAAUAUAACAAGUUGACAAAAGAAAAGUAUACCCGUCUAACAGAUUAUUUAUUUUUUGAUCUUUCAAAAAUGUCUCCAUUAUCUACCGUUUCCAUUACACACGUCACAAAUAUUUUUUUUUAGAUGUUGCUUUUGUCGAAUAAACCUGGGUCAAUGGAAACCUGCCUACUGUUACUCUUUAGAAAGUAUUGAUUGUGUGAUUCACUUGUCUAAUUUGAACCUCAGACGUGUCACUGUGUUGUCUUUUCAUGUCAAUGUGUUAUGUAAUCUACAGGUAACUUUCAAAAUAAUGUAAACACUUGAAUAAAUGAGGGAUACAAAGUA